GCGAGUGGCCCAGAUGCAGGCUAUCAAGUGUGUGGUGGUGGGAGACGGAGCUGUGGGUAAGACUUGCCUGCUGAUCAGCUAUACCACCAAUGUGUUCCCUGGAGAGUACAUCCCCACUGUCUUUGACGGCUAUUCUGCCAGUGUUAUGGUAGAUGGCAAACCAGUGAAUCUGGGCUUAUGGGAUACAGCCGGACAAGAAGAUUAUGACAGGUUACGGCCCCUGUCCUGCCCACAAACAGACGUCUUCUUAAUUUGCUUUUCCCUUGAGUCCUGCAUCUUUGAAAAUGUCCUUGUGAAGUGGUGCCCUAAAGUGCGACACCAUUGCCCCAACACGCCCAUCUUCCUCUUGGGAACAAAACUGGAUCUUAAGGAUGAUAAAGACAAGAUUGAGAAACUGAAGGAGAAGCAGCUGACACCCAUCACCUAGCCCCAGGGCUUAGCCAUGGCCAAGGAGAUCGGUGCUGUGAAAUACCUGGAGUGCUGGGUUCU